AAAGCUGCAUUAUCUGAAUAAAUUUCUUUACUUUAAUAUUUUCCUUCAAAGAAACCAAACCUCCAUACCUAUAAACCAGCUUUUUCUGAUUUCUGAAAACCUUCCUCCCUCCCUCCCUUUCCUCUUCACAGCUUCAAUUGAUGGCUUCCACGGGAGAAAAAAGGGUUGUUUAUAAAGAUCAUGAAUCAAAUGGAAAGCUGUACGAAGCUCUACUGAAAGAAGACACGAAAGCAGUUUUAAAACUCUGUGCAGAUAUGGAGGACCACGCGUUACACAUACUGACCAUACACGAAGACACAGUGCUCCACAAGGCCGCUUACUCGAAACAAGCUGACUUGGUACUCAGUCUUCUCAAAGAGUUGCCUCCCUGCCAUGACAACAAAUUGGGCCGCAAAAACCGUUCUGGAAACACAAUCCUCCACGAGGCAGCUACUCUCGACCACGGAAGCUCGGUGGAGGUAGCAGAAGAGAUGAUAAAGAGAGAUCAAGAGUUGUUAAGAAUGCGCAACGAGCUUGGAGAAACCCCACUCUUUCGAGCAGCUCGCUAUGGUAAAACUGAGAUUUUCAACUUUCUGGCAGAUGAAAGUUUAAACUAUGGUGAAAAGGACAUGCAAAAGUUUGUUCAGAGGAAUGACAAGACCACUAUUCUUCACAUCGCCAUCCUUUCUCAGCACUUUGGUAUAGCUUUGGAAAUCGCUACACACGGACGGUUCAAGUAUCUGGUUGGUGAAAGAGACGAAGAUGGGAUGACAGCUCUUCAGCUUCUCUCAUGCAACCCCAAAGCUUUUGAACCGGUGCGCAGGCGUGGAUUCCUCAAGAGAAUUUCCAGUAAGGUCAAAAUGUGCUGUAGUUCGGCCGAGAGCAAUGACAUUUCCAAGGAAGAGUUAAGCCAUGAAUCAGCGUUAGAACUUGCUAAAUUGUUAGUAAAAGAAGAUACCUCAUGGGAGAUCACUAGUUCUGGAAUUGACACGAGUAAACCAAGGCUGCACAAAUAUGGAAGUACUGAUGUUUCAACUACAAAUGAGAAUGUGGAUAACCCAGAUCAGCUGCCCUCUUCUAUUUCUUUGCAACAAGUACUGGAACUUGGAGGAAUUACGCCAUUGUUUCUAGCAACUAAAUCAGGGUGCAUAGAGAUCGUUAGAGAAAUACUUGAAAUAUACCCUCAGGCGGUUGAGCACAUUGAUAAUGAAGGGCGGACCAUAUUGCAUGUAGCUAUCAAGUACCGCCAGUUGGAGGUUUUCAAGCUUGUGUUGACAAUGGAAGUAGCAAUGAGGUGGCUGGUUCGAAGGCUUGACAAUGAUGGGAACUCCAUUCUGCAUAUGGUUGGAACAAAAAGAGAUGAUUAUGUUCCUGAAAAAUUGCGAGGCCCUGCACUCGAAUUGCAGGAGGAGCUGCUCUGGUUUGAGCGAGUAAAGUCUGUCACAAAAGCCCAUUUCAUUGAUCAUCGGAACAAGAAGAAGCUUACUGCUGAAGGCUUAUUUGCUAAAAACAACACAGAGCUCCGGAAUGCUGCCAGAGAUUGGCUAAAGCACACUGCAGAAGGAUGCUCUAUUGUGGCAGUUCUCAUCGCGACAGUUGCCUUUGCCGCAGCCUACACAAUACCAGGAGGUCCUAAUCAGAAUACUGGUGUUCCAGUCCUUCUUAAUCAUUCUUUCUUUGUGGUUUUCACAGCAACUGAUGUACUCUCACUUACCUGUGCUUUGACCUCAGUGGUUAUAUUUCUUUCAAUCCUCACAGCACCAUUUCGAUUAGAAGACUUCAAGCAUUCGCUUCCCAACAAGCUCAUGCUAGGCUUCACAUUUCUUUUUCUCUCCGUUUCAAUGAUGAUGAUAUCAUUUUCUGCAACGAUCAUCCUCAUGAUACGUAGUAAAGAAAGGUGGACAAAAAUUCUCCUCUAUUCCCUCUCUUUCCUUCCAGUUGGCAUCUUCGCACUAGCAUAUUUCCCUCUUUAUCUUUCUCUGUCAAAAACUUACAAGUACUUGCUCAAGAAAAUAAUGGAGGCAUUUCCUUGCCGUACUAUGUCAACGGACACCUAUUUCUUCUACAGUAAUCGAAAAGCUGAAAUUCGUAGUUCCUCCAUUCGCCUUCAAGGUGGGAGCAAUACUAAUUCCUGUCGAGACAACUCAGUGGGAGAACACUGGGGUUGCCAUGAUACAUCACAGACUAUGCAAUUCUCGGUUUAAGAUAGCCAAGUUGUUGAACUUAUGAAAAACAGUCUUCUGUCUUGAUAUGCGUAGGAAUUCUUCAUGGGCACUACAGAGACAGACAGUGUUGAUAUGUAUAUAACUCUUGAAUUUAUGGUUUCUAUAAUAUUGCUUGGUCUGAUAUAUAGUAUUUAA